GCAGUACAGUCAUGCCCGGGCCAGGUCUGACACCACUGCAUCGCUCUCGGACUCUGCUAACGCUGCCGAUGGUACUGAUGCUCUCGUGGACGCCACCGGGGGGCGCCCUCGCCUUGACGGAGACGAGCCUCCCUGGCUCCCCGGGACUCUCAGACAUGCACCCCGACGCCUCCACAUCCCAGGAAUUGCGAAAAGGCUUUGAGGACCUGCUGACCAGGCUGCGGAUGAACCACAGCUGGGAAGAUUUGAAUGCCGACCCUGUCCCUUCUGUCCGGAUACUCACCCCAGAAUUGUGGAUGGGGUCUGAGGGCCACCUGCGCCUGCGCAUCUCCCGGGCUGCCCUGACCGAGAGGCUCCCCGCAUCCUCCCUUCUCCACCGGGCCCUGUUCCGGCUGUCCCCGAAGGCGCCGCGGUCGUGGGACGUGACGCGGCCGCUACACCGUCAGCUCAGCCUCUCAGGCCCCCAGGCUCCAGCGCUACACCUGAGGUUGUCACCACCACUGUCUCCAUCAGAGCUGUCGCUGGUGGCAUCGCGAUCAGCACAGCCCCAGCUAGAACUGCACUUGCGGCCACGUGCCACCAGAGCGCGCCGCAAGGUGCGGGCACGCACUGGGGACAACUGUCCUCUCGGGCCGGGGCGCUGCUGCCAGCUGCAUACAGUGCGCGCGUCGCUCAAUGACCUGGGCUGGAGCAGUUGGGUGCAUGCGCCGCGGGAGCUGCAGGUGACCAUGUGCGUCGGCGAAUGCCCGAGCCAGUUCCGGGAGGCCAACAUACACUCGCAGAUCAAGGCGAGUCUGCACCGCCUGAAGCCGGACUCGGUGCCUGCCCCAUGCUGCGUGCCCUCCAGCUACAGCCCCAUGGUGAUCAUGCAGAAGACCGAAGCUGGCGGCGUGUCCUUACAAACCUAUGACGAUCUCUUAGCUAAGGACUGCCACUGCGUCUGAGCGACCCUGCUCUUCCGCUUGGGGCACCUGAGCAAAGGAAGCGACCUCAGUUUUCCUUGCCUGGAGAAUGGGUCCAUGAGUCUGAGCACCCCAAUUCCUGUCCCACCAUUGCCUUCUCACUCCUGCCCAAACCGUUGUAUUUAUAAGUAUGUAUUUAUUAUUAAUUUAUUGGGGUUGAUCUGCUUGGGGGCAAGGGUCUGAGGGGAUGUAUUUUUAUUUAAAACGUAAUAAAAAAGA